GCGCCCCCCCUGCUAUCGCGUGGUGGGGAUCAUCCAUAUUGCUGCGAGUGGUGGUCGGGUUGUCGUCAGCGAGGCCCCCGCACGCGUUUAUUUACCGUUCUAUAUGUUUGAAUCCAGCACCGUCCACUCCGCGUCUUAGCCUGAAGCUCGUUUGGCCUCGGAGCGACCGAGGAGCGGCUCACUCCGCGGAGCGACUCCGGCUAGUCGAGGAACCGAAGCCUGGUAAAUCCUGCGGGGGGAAGAAAGACCGUGGUGGGAAAUGGCCACUCAGGUGGAGGCGCUCCUGCCCGGCAACCCGCUGGCCAAGGCGGAGGAGCACGGUCAAGUGAUUCGCUCCGAGCCGGAGAUGGACCGGGGUGAGAGGGCCAAGCAGGAGGUGGCUGUCGGGGACCAGGGCACCAACGAGGAGGAGCAGCGCUGCGACGAGGAGGGAAGCGACAAGGACGACGAGAAAGGCAGGAAGGAGUUUCCCGAAGCUCCGCCGCCCAAGGUGAACCCGUGGACUAAGAACAUGAACGCGGUGACCGUGGUCAGCGUGAACGGACAGACACACGAGUCGACUGGGCCUGCGAAGGUGGUGAGAGCCGGGAACCCUCCGAAAGCCAGACGUGGAGGGAAGGUUGGAGAUUUCGGCGAUACUAACAGCUGGCCCACUCCUGGGGAAAUUGCCACAAAGGACAUGCAGAUCGAGGCGGUGACACGGACCGUGUCCUGCCCGCCGACUGUCAGGCAGGUCAAAGAGUCAUGGAGAUCCACUACCCACAAGAGAACGAUCACCAAGAAGGAAUCCAAGGAGAAAAGGGAGAGCAACGAGGAGAGCAAGGAGAACCUGAAGACAAAGUCGGACGACUCUGGAGAGGAGAAGAACGGCGAUGACGACUCCCAGAAGAACGGACAGAAAAAGAAAGGAAACAAGCAAAAAUGGGUCCCCCUGAUGAUCGAGGUGAAGUCUGAGGGUCCACGUGAGCGCUCCGCCUCCAGGAACAACAGCAGGCAGAAUGAGAACCCUCGACUGCCCCCGAACGCCAGGAAUGACCUCAGAGACUGGCACAGCCAAAAGUAUGAGCGGGAGUGGCGCGACGACCACGACGAGGUGUCCAGCGUGAAGAGCGAGGGGGCGCCGUUCAGAGGAGGGUUCAGAGGUCGCGGACGAGGCCGGGGAAGAGGACGAGGCAGAGGGAGAGGACGAGGCCACUACGACUUCCACUACGGCUACAAGUCCUACGAUGCGAAAGACGGUUCUGCGGGCCAGAAGUUUGCCAACUCUGUGACCUACUACUACGACAACAUGAGCAGCAGCGACCUUUACUCCGUGGACCAGGACCUGCUGAAGGACUACAUCAAGAGGCAGAUCGAGUACUACUUCAGCCUGGACAAUCUGGAGCGAGACUUUUUCCUGCGACGGAAAAUGGACCAGGAAGGGUUCCUGCCCAUCUGGCUCAUCGCCAGCUUUCACCGAGUGCAGGCGCUCACCACCGACGUCAACCUCAUCAUCGAAGCUCUGAAGGACAGCAAGGAGGUUGAAAUUAUCGACAUGAAGAUCCGCCGCAAAGUGGACCCGGAGAAGUGGCCUUUACCGGGCCUGAACGUGCUCAGCCCCACCCCCACCGACUUCUCCCAGCUCAUCAACUGCCCCGAGUUUGUCCCCCGGCAGACCAACGAGGAGCCCACCGGUUCUCCCCGAGUGGCGACGCCCGUGACCAAGCAGGACAUGGACAUCUCUAAUCUGAAAACCAUGCCCAAGGGUCUCUCCGCCAGCCUCCCUGACCUGGACUCUGAGUCCUGGAUCGAGGUGAAGAAGCGUCCGAGACCGUCUCCAGCACGACCCAAGCAGUCCAAAGACAAGGAAGAGAGCGUGCGAUCGCCUGUUCCCAUGGCCGGCCUGUCGCCUUCUCCCACCGCUGCAGCAAAGAAGGACGGAGCGGACCAGGACGAGCCGGAGGAACUGGACUUCAUGUUUGACGAGGAAAUGGAGCAGAUGGACGGUCGGCGGAACACCUUCACCGACUGGUCGGACGAGGACACGGACGGCGAGAUCGACGACCACGACGUCAACAAAAUCCUGAUCGUGACGCAGACGCCGCCGUACCUGAGGAAGCACCCGGGCGGAGAUCGCACCGGCAACCACACGUCGCGGGCCAAGCUCAGCAGCGAGCUGGUCAAAGUCAUCAAUGACGGGCUCUUCUACUACGAGCAGGACCUGUGGGACGACACGUACGAGCCCGAAUACGCCCAGAUCAAGCAAGAAGUGGAGAACUUCAAGAAGGUCCACUUGAUCAGCCGUGAGCAGUUUGACUGUUUGACCCCUGAACCUCCGGUCGACCCCAACCAAGAGGUUCCCCCUGGUCCCCCAAAACCUCAGCAGAUCCCGACAGACGCCCUGGCUAACAAGCUCUUCGGCGCCCCCGAGCCUUCAUCGAUAGCUCGAUCGCUCCCCACCACGGUGCCCGACUCCCCCAACUACCGCAACGCCCGGACGCCCCGCACACCCCGCACUCCUCACCGGAAAGACCCCACCAUGACGCCGCGCUUCUACCCCGUGGUGAAGGAGAGUCGGCCGGUCGAUGCCAAGACGCCCAGAAAAAGGAAGACCCGACACAGCUCUAACCCCCCCAUGGAGUGUCACGUCGGUUGGGUGAUGGAUUCUCGAGAGCAUCGCUCCCGGACCGCCUCAGUCAGCUCCAACGCCAGCCCCUCAGAAGGAAUUCCCGCCCUGGGCAACAUCGGCUGCACGCCCCAGUCCCUCCCCAAGUUCCAGCACCCAUCCCACGAGCUGCUCAAGGAGAACGGCUUCACGCAACACGUUUACCACAAGUACCGCCGGCGCUGCUUAAACGAGAGGAAGCGCCUGGGCAUCGGUCAGUCGCAGGAGAUGAACACGCUCUUCCGCUUCUGGUCCUUCUUCCUGCGAGAUCAUUUCAACAGGAAGAUGUACGAGGAGUUCCGGCAGCUGGUGGUGGAGGAUGGCAAAGAAGGCUACAGGUACGGCCUGGAAUGCCUGUUCAGGUACUACAGCUACGGCCUGGAGAAGAAGUUCAGGCCCGACAUCUUCAAGGACUUCCAGGAGGAGACCAUCAAGGACUAUGAAGCAGGUCAACUUUACGGGCUGGAGAAGUUCUGGGCUUUCCUCAAGUACUCCAAAACCAAGACGCUGGAGAUCGAUCCCAAGCUGCAGGAGCACCUGAGCAAGUUCAAACGCCUGGAGGACUUCAGGAUUGAUCCUCCGAUGGAGGACGGCGGCCGCAGAAGACACUCAUCCAGCGGGGACGGCCGCCGCCGGCACCCGUCGCAGACCUCCAGCCGGCCCAGCAGCCAGGCCGCCUCAGGCUCCGCCCCCGGCGCCAGGGACGACGGCAGACCCAGCAGCCAGAGACCCCCCGCCACUGACCUCGCGCCGGACGCCAACACGCCGAAGUAACUUCAGAUCCUUGACUCACGGGGGUCCCUCGGUGUCACAGCAGGGGGUGGGGGCGGGGGGCACCCUGUCCCUCAUUUGUCCAGUGAGCAGCCAGGAGGAACCACAGAACCUUUUCAGAGAGAAAUGUCUAUUUUAUCUUCAGAGAAUCCAUUUUUUUUAACAGUCGCUCCACAGGCUGGAUGUUUUACUUUGCUUUGGCCCCCCCACACCACCUCCCACCCCCGUGAUCGCCACCGUCCUGCUGGUUCCAUUGACCUUUCCUGCUCGGAUGCAGCGUCAUCUUUUCUUUGGCUCGUGGUGGCGUCGCAGACUUGACACACGAGCCGCGCCUCGGAGCCCCCGGACAUCCGACUGGACCAAAGUGGCAGUGUGGACCGAGCGACAGACGCCUCCGCGGCCUGGACGGGGAGGCGCUAAAAAGACUCAGAACCAAAUGAUGUUAAGAGAAACGAAGACUCCCUCUGCCUGGACCAGAUGGUUGCAAGUUGCCUUAUAUGAACUGAAGACGAGCCGAGCGUGCGCUGGUGCUGCGUUUGCCAAACUCCUGACAUCUCUCAGAAGUCUUCCAAGUGUCAUGUGAUCUGUUACAAAUUCUUCCCCCGCGUCUGAAAUUCUUUUUGUCUCGGACCUCCUCCGUCACCUGGACCUCCUGUCGGGUGCUUUUCCGUGGUCCACGUCCAUCCGCACGACAGCGUCCGAUCCAUCCGUCUAUCAUCCAUCCGCUGUUGAUGUCUGGAGUCCAACUGGAUCACUUGAAGAACCGAUGGUUCUCCGUCACCGGUGCUCAAACCUUCACUCUUCACCAGGACCUCAGCUGCUGGCCGUUUCCUCCCAGAUGAUUUCCCUCUUCCUGAUGAUCCAUCUUGAGUUGUCACCUGAGUCAGCAAAUUCCACGGCGGUGGGCUUCAUCGUCCGUACGACAGAUUUGCCUUACACGUGUACGCAACCUUUUUUUUUAACAUUUCAUAAUAAUUUUAAUUUGCAGUGUUUUAGUGUUGUUUCUAUGAAGCAGGAUUGUCAGGCCUUUGUUUUUUUUUCUUUCUUUUAAACCGCUUGGAAUUGGGAACACGGCUCGAACACAAAAGGGAAACUCGGCCUGUUUGGACGACAUGAGUGAAAAAAAGUCUUAAUUCUCAUAUGGAUGUUAAUAUCACAAGGUUUAGGAUUUGAGUUUGGGAGCUUGUGCCUGUGAAACCCCCCGUGCAGUCGACUGUUUGCCUCCCAGCACUUUUCUCAUCUGCUCCGGCUUUUUAGGUUUCUGUCUCGACAUUGAACUUGAAAAAGAAAGUUAUUUUUCCUCUGUAUCUUCGUCUGGGUCGAGCUUCAGGGAGACUGAGAGGUGCAGACACGGCAGGGCUCCUUCCUGGUGGAGAAACAUGAUCUCCUCUUGUGAUAUUCACCCGUCACUGGACAUGUUGGGGAGUUGUUUGGAGCCUUCCUGCUGCUUGCUGCAGCUGGAGUUGCGUGUGGACGACUGGACACUAGGUGAGGAGGAAGCGGGCUGUCGCCAGUGAGGCCUGGAGACUGAAGCGUAACGUCAUAAAGCCAUAUAACUGCUUAUGGACCGUCGGGAUAGAUCACCACCUUACAAUAUCGUAGGCUUGUCAUGAGGAAAAAAAACAUGAAAAUGACAAAAGGAACAAAAAAAUAUAUAAAAUGGCAAAAUGUAAAAUACUUGAAUGAGAACUUGUAUUAUAACAUUUAAUAUUGAUUAUCUGCUUUGUAGGCUGAUGUGAUUCGCUAUUAGUGUCAUUUGUAAUUUGUAGUAAUUGCUUUUCCUUAUUAAAGAAAAAAACACAAAACGCACAAAAAAACCUCAAACACGGUCUCGGUCGUUUCAUUUGUCCGUUUGAGUGUUUCGGUUCUCAGUGCUGGCCGCCCUGCUGUCACGUGACUGUUGCCUUUAGGGAACGAUCUGAGAAGUUCAUGCUCAAACUCUUGUUGCAGAUUACGGAACUUUUUUUUUUUUUCUUCCCCCCCCAGAGUUCCGGGUUGAAAAUGUGGGAUGUAGAAAAAGUUGAAUUGCAGGACAAAUUCAUAAGUUGAAGCUGGAGGCUUUCAGUGACUUGUGAAAACUCUAGCUUCAAUUACUGUUAUUUAAAAAGAACGUCUGAAAAGUGCAAUGGAAAACACGGGGCACUUUUCUCUUUUGUGACAGGAUACAUUUUAUUUUGUAAUAUUGCGCUUGUUUUUACAUUCAAUUCGUCAAUGCGUCUCACAGAAGCAAACAAGUUUGGGCGGGAUUGAUUUCUCCGAGCAGCAAGUGAAUGCACCACACCAGUUGUCAAACACUAUGUUUAAAUGAUCACGAUGAAAUAUUUGUAUUUGUCGGAGCGUUACAUUCUGAGAUUGGGGUGAAAGUCAGUCGCUCCAGCUUCUUCGUGUUCACUUACUUUACUU